AAAUGGGAGUAGAAAAUAGUGCUUGAUCUUGCGCUGGGUGUCAUAAAGCUUGUAGUUUGCUUUUGUAAGAUUAUGUUUGUGGAUUCCAAGCCAUCUACUUUCUGCACCCUCAGACUGAGCUGAAAUAGUUAGUAGCGUGACGAGAUAUGAAAAGGGCAUUGCAGAGAGGCUGAAUCUCUCAGAAGUUGCUGUUUCCGGUCAUGGAUGAUUUUGUUCGAGAUGUAUUAACAGAGUUGGAUCUCAGCAGUUACAUAGAAACAUUUAAAGAACAAGGCAUCGAUGAGGUGAAUCUUUUCUGUCUUGAGAAUGAUGACAUCCGGGAGUUGUUCAAAGAAAUGGGACCAAGAGCAAAAUUCAAGAAAAGACUCAAGUCAUUAAUGGUUUCAGACAACAGUAACAGAAAUGAUAAAGGAAAAAGAAGCCAAAGGGGGAGUCAACCAGCCCACCAAGACGUAAAAGACGACGUGACACCAUUUACCCAGCGGAAAAAUCCAUAAGGUCUGACGCGAAAAAAAUAAUGACAUGUGUCCAAAGCAAACUAAAUCAAGGAGACAAUGCAGAGCUCAAUGAUUUUCUGAAGACAAAGAUACAUGAUUUAAAGAAAGAAAAGAGAGAGAUGAUCGGCGUCUUUGGAAGAACUGGGGCUGGAAAGAGCUCUUUAAUAAAUGCCGUCAUUGGAGAGAAGGAUCUCUUGCCCUCAGGAGACGUCAGUGCAUGUACCUCAGUCAUGAUUAAAGUGGAGGCUAACACAAAGAACAAGAAUUAUGAGGCAGAGAUUGAAUUCAUCUCAGAAGAGGAGUGGAAGCAUGAUUUGUGGUAUUUGUCAAAAUUCGUCUUGAAUAAGGCAGAAGAUGAGGAGGAUGCUAGAGAGGAGCAUGAUGAUAAUGAUGAUGCUGUGGAAAUGCUGUCAGCGCUGUACGGAGAAGACUGGGAAAAAAACAGUUCCCCAGAAAGUCUCUGCCAUGACAAACACUUCAGAGAAAUCCCAGAAUUUAAAAAUUCUGAGAACAAGACCCUGACCUGUGAAUCAGCCAGAGAGCUGUCUACAGAACUUGUCAAAUACACAAGAAGUGGCUCAAAAGAAGGAAAAGGUAAAGAGGCAAAGAGGUGGUUUUGGCCCCUGGUGAAGUGUGUGACUGUCCGGGUGCCGAAAAAUGACCUCCUCCAGCAUGUCACUCUUGUGGACCUACCUGGAAGUGGAGACCGCAACAAAAGCAGAGAUAAAAUGUGGAAAGGGGUCAUUGGAGAUUGCUCCACUGUGUGGAUUGUGGCCGAGAUCAAGAGAGCAGCAGCAGAGGAAGAACCAUGGGAGAUCCUUAAAAAUGCCAACAGCAAUAUGGGAAAUGGUGGCCAGUGUCAGCAAAUUCACUUCAUCUGCACCAUGUCUGAUGUUCUCGGCAAUGUAAAGAAUCGCUCAGCAGAAGAUGUUCGCGCUAACAUAUUCAAGAGGAACAUGCAAGCCAAGGAUGCAGUGAAGAAAGAAUUCAGGAAACUAAACAAGACACAUAUUCGUGAGGAAUGUUUCGAGGUGUUCACGGUGAGCUCCACCGAGUUUCUGGGCAAAGAAUGGCUGGAGCCAGAUGAAACUGAAAUCCCCAAACUCAAGGAAUUCCUGAGAAACCUCAAUGACCGUCACUCUGGGACAUUGAACUACCAGUACGUGUCCGAAGCAAAGGGGAUUCUGUCCCUGAUUCAAGGGGCCAGGCAAGGAGAUGUGGCUGGCAAAAGAGCAGAUGUGUGUGGAGUCCUGAGAGAAAAAAUGGGUCGUGGACAUGAGAAUGUCUUAGAGUCCAUGCAAAAUACCUAUGAGGCUUUUGAAAACUGCCUUAUGGAGGGGGUUGAGAAUUCCAGAAGUUCUUGUACCAGUGCCGUGAAGUACUUCUUAAAACCUAUAGGGAUAAAAGGAGGUGCUUUUCACAGAACAUUGAAGUGUGUAGUUGCAAACAAUGGUGCCUACAAACCGAAAAACAAGAAGAAACUUGAUCUCAAUGCAAAAUUAUCUUCAUGGCUGGCUGAGAGCAUUGAUGAGGAAUUCAGGAAGACUUUCCCAAAUGAGUCAAAAUGUGAAUCAUUCAACGGAUCCAUCAGUUCCUUUUCACUUGACACAGAGUCACUGGUUGAAAGCAACAACGAAGUGCAACUGCACCUGGAAUUUCUGAGGACAGAGGAAGAAAAAAUGAAGACAAACCUCUGGGAUAGGAUCCAGAAGCGUAAGAAAGAAAUCUACAACAGCCUGACAAUAUCAAUCGAGGAAACCAUGCAGCAAUGCUAUGAUGAAGCAAAACACUGUAAAGGAUCAGGCUCUCUAGCAAUGAUGAGGACAAUCAUUGAGACGCAUGUGCGUGCUAACAAGGACAACUUGUUUGUGAAAGCCAAAGAUGAUAUGUUGUCAGAACUGCGAGAUUUGAUGGAGGAGAUCCCGAAGACACUGAAUGAAACCAUGCUGAAAUCGAUCAAUCUGUCACUCAAGACAGAUUGUCAAUCACUUCCAGAUGUUGAAGAGGAGCUGGAGGCGGUGACAAAGUACUUUGAACAGUUGAAGAGAAGCACCAAUGAAGAGACAUCUGCAGUUGUGAUGACCAACCCGGCCCGUCAACUGCACAGCUCUGAAGAGAAACAGUAGAGGUCUGAUGUACCACUGAGGGUCCCAGAGAUGAAGAUGAUGGGACAGAAGAGGCCCCUGGAUUUGGUCUCAACCUUUUGUCAAGCUUUUGUCUUUUCUCUCUCUGAGUCUUGUUUUUAACUUUGUCAAAGUGUGUUUAAUUUGAAUUAUAUACACAGAGAUGGUAUGAUGACAGAAAUGUUCAGCCUAUUUCCCCAGAUGAAUUUUAACCAGAUAUGUUGUGGUUUUAAUGGUUUAAUGGUAUGGGUUUCUAAGAUUAUUUCAGACAGACAUUGUGUUCUUUAGUGUUUAAGUUGUAAAUGGUUGUAUACAGGCUGGUACACCAUAUAUUAUAACAGGGAAAGCAAGAAAAAUAAACUGAGUUGUCCAUGGAGAAUGCUCAGAGGGUAAUGUAUUCACUGAGGAGAUAUUGAGGCUAUUUCAGUUAUUGUUCAAGACUUAAUUCAACAGUAAGAGAAAUGAAAAGGGGAGAGAUUUGCUAUUGAUCAAUGAUGAAAUAUGUUUAUGUAUAUGUGCCUAUAUUACUUUCACUAACAUUAGAUUUAGGUGGUUUUCAUGGUAUGAGUUUCUACUAUUAUUUCAGACAGACAUUUUGUACUUUAGUGAUUAAGCAGUUUUUUACUGUUGUUUUACUGUCUGUUUUCAUUUUAUGAGUUUAGCAAAAGAUGAUGUAAUGUGCUGACAGCGGUUUUACUGUAUAAAUGGUUACAUACAGUACUGUACACCAAAUAUUAAACUUCAAUAAAAUUCACUUCUCAGUGAAAGUAC